ACGGAAAUGAAAAAUCGGGAUUUUCAAAAUGGAGUCAAAAGUGCACAUCAGUGUUUUCAAAAAAUCCAGCAGACCACAGGUGACAAGAUGCACGGUGUGCUGUUUACGCUACCAUUGCCCCCUUUGCCCCCCUGCAAUGUACAAACCCCGGUGUAAGUCACAGGUUUUGAAGCACUUUGCGGUGCAUGUAAAAAAUGCUGUUGAAUACGAAGAUUUCUACAUCACAAAAUGCCACCAGGACUGCAGGAGUGGAAGCAGCGGCCACUUCCACUGCCCUUUCUGCAAACGGACUAUAGUGAGGCGGCAGGAUUCAGAGAGGCAUAUUCAAACCUGCAGGCGUCCCGCUGAGGAGCCUCCAGCAAAGAGACCCAAAAACCCACAGAAUGUGCCCAGAUUUAAGGAGGAGACACGUUCGAGGUCUGGUCAAGGGGCCGCGACAAAGCCGGACCAGAGACGGACGGCUCUCGCUCCGGAGAGGCAGGAAGGCACGCUCCUACCGGCUGGCCGCAGGAAGCCGUCUGGCCGUGACAGCCCUGCCUGCAGAGUCGGCGGAGGGAAGCCAGCGACUGUGCUUUGUCCACAUUGUGAAGUGCCAAUGAUGAAAAAAAAUAUAAGAAAACACAUAUACAGAAGACACCUUGACAAGGCCGUGGAAGACAUCACUGCACAUUCCCAUCUGGAUGCUGUCUGCAUAGAUGAAGAGAACGGUAUCUAUGCAGUGAGGAAGUCUUUCCUUGAACCGUUUGUGCCGCUCCACGUGCAGAAGAAAACCUGGGGGAAAGAGCACAAAGUUAAAUGCGACUCCAACGAGUGCAUACAGGCCUGUGCCUUUGCGGUGAGGGUAGGCAUGAGGACAUUUCAGUGUCAUCACGUCCGCUCUCUGGACUACUGCAAAGAAAAUGCCGUCCAGACCGUACUGCACGAAGAGAAAAUAAACGAGAUGGUGAAAAGCACGUGGUUUGGAGAGGAAGAGAAACGGCAGUGUCUCCAGCUCCAGUCGCAGGCGGCCGCUGCCAAUGUGCCGGUCUCCGUCGACGUCAGCAUGAAGUCAGAGCACAAGCUGUUCGUGUCAGUCUACGAGCCAUCUGUGAGCUACUGCAUCCGGCUAGGACGAGUCAUCGUCACUUACGACAAAAGAACGGACACUUGGCACUGCCCGUGUACAAAGCCGAGCUCUUCGUGCAUUCACAAAUAUAUGGCCAAGUGGCAUUUAUUCGAGACUCAGGCGCAUCUCUUCAGGAAGGAGCCGAGCACGGGGACGAAAUCAGACACAAGUGAACAAGAAGAACCAUCAGCUGAAAAUAUGGGCAUCACAUAUCCUCCUGAAGAUGACCAGCUGCAGAGAAUGGUCUCAUACAUUCACUCUUCGAAAAGGUACCCAGCUGUUUUACCUGACGCUGUCCUUUCUGUCCGACAAGAAGAAUACCCAGUGCAGCUUUUCCCCCUGGAAACGUUGUGCUCUACGUGUCCGGAAGACACCGAUCUCGGCCCACCGAUUCUCAUCACAAGUCAAGCGCAGAUUGUGUCUUUGACUGGUGCUCAGAAAGGUGUCAACACUUACUGCAAACAAUGUAGCAAAUGUGGGAUGCUGUACAGAUACCAGGAGUAUCACGAUGGUUUGCAUAACUUUGAUGACUGUGUCAUUUUGACCUUAAAUCUUUGCAUCUUCCUACGGAACUCGCUGCAGGCUCACACAGCUGUCGGUCAAGUUUUUGAUGCCUUAGAAGAAACUUUUAAGACUCCGUUGCCAAGCAGGGAUCGGCUUCUUCAUGCGUAUUUGCAUUUUGAAGCUCUCACGGCACAUGAAUAUAAAUAUUACUGUGUGAACUGUGGAUACUUCCCGUCUGUAGUGGUGAUGGAUCGCCACGAAAAGGGGGUGUUCAGCAUGCCGUUCGGUGAUGUAGAGCCGGUCCCGGGGGAUUUCACAGGGGACGUGAACAGUGAAGAUUUCUGGGAUUGUGUUUCCGCGGAGAUGAUUGCCUGGGGACUCACGUCGAGUGACAGCAACAAUCCGUUUACAGUCCAUCCCAGCUAUCAUUUUUGGGCACCUUGGAUUGGGCAAGGCACACGGAGGUCCGACAUAGUGCUUAACACAGAGUUUUUAAAAGCUCCGGGCGACAUCAACGUAACAGAAGACAGACUCACAAAUCAACUGAUGAAUUUGAAGGUGGACGCAGUGCGUACGCUCUGUAAGGAAUGUGGUGUCGACUCUAAUGGUUCCAAGAUAGAUCUCGUUCUGCGCCUCAGGACCAAAAUGCAAAAUAAACAGGACUGCAACAAAGUGUUUGAGAAGAUCUGCGGAGCUUCAGGUGGUUUGGCUGCCAUCAUGUGUCCCUGCGGCAUAGUGUACAGCUUGAAGUUCAACAUUAGAGCAGAAGGCCCCAGAGACUUUGCAGAUAUGCUGCUGGCGUGGAAACAUCUGCCCAAUGUAUCAGUCUACGACUCAGCACAAGCUCUUGUGAACCACACCAGUGGCAGAGAGCCAGAAAAUCUACCAUUCCAGCCACACGAAGGCCGUCUUGCUCCUCCAACUCCUGAGAACAUUCAGGCCGCCAAGGACCGAACACUGAAGAUCCACCUUCCAUGGAUUUUAGAGCCGAACACUGAAGACGUUGAAGACGACAGUCAUCCGUGUACCAAGUCAUCUCAACGUUAUGUUUUGUGUGACAAGCCAGAUGAAGAUAACGGCAAAGAUGAGAAGGACAUCCUCAGGAGGAUUGAUCUUGUGCCUGAGCUAGCGGGUCAGCUCAACAGCAAAGUAGCAGAGCAGUUCUUCACAGAGAUGAGGAAGAACGAAUACUUCCUGAAAAACAUGUCGCCGUCAGCUUGCGUUUUUCUGGUGCGAAACAUGGUUCAUCACCACAAUGAAAAAAAAGAAAGACAAAGCAUUGAGAAGAUGAAAAGAAGCGUGUGGGAAGUCGGGUCCAGCCCGGAUUCUGUAGACAAUUCUGCCAGCUUGGGUCAUUGUCACGACACCAGGGAUAUAACAUGACCGUGAUCUCUGAGAAAUAAGCCCUCAAUUUAGAAAAAAGUAGAUUGAAUAGAAGACUGUUGUUCGUGUAGUGUGUAAUUUACAAAGAAAAGCUUAUAAUUGUAUGUUAAUACAAUUUAGCUGAAAAUGUCAUUAGGAGUCCACAAUCAGUUCAAUGGAUUAUUGUAUGCAUAUUGUUACUAAAUAUAUGUAUUUAUCUUUCAGAGACAUACUGUAUCUAUUUUCUAAGUUUUUUUUGUGAUAAUUCAAUAGCAUGAUUGCCGUAACCCUGUAGAGCACCAACCAGGCGCGAGCUUUUAAUGUUGAAAAUGAAAAGCUCACGACGCUCCUGGGGCUUCAGGGCACCAGGUGAGAGGGCAUGAGACGGGAAGUUCCAGACUGCAGCCAUGCAGAAAAACUACUGAAAGGACAACCUUUGUAGAUGUAAAAAAAAAAUAAAAAAUGUAAAGACGACAGUUUGUUCAUGGUUUAUGUAAAUAAUCAGGAAAAAUAAAUAGUCUUUGUUUACAACUUCUAAAA